UUCUAUUUAUUUUUUUGUAUUUGCCCAUUUCUCAAGGAAAGCACCAAUAAAAUCCAGUGCUCCCCUUCCCUCCUCUUUCGAUCGCCGGCGAACACUGACGAGCACUGAGACUAGUUUUUCUCUAGGGUUCCGGCGAGUUGUAGGUUUUUUGAAUGGCGUCGGAGGAUGUGGUAGGUAAGAGAAGCGAAAGUGCUGUUACUACAAUCGUCAAUCUGGCUGAAGAAGCUAAAAUGGCGAGCGAAGGUGUUAAAGCUCCGAGUCAUGCUGCUAUUUUCAGUGUAUGCAAGUCUCUCGCUGCUGGUGGAAUCGCCGGUGGAGUGUCACGCACUGCAGUUGCUCCAUUGGAAAGGCUUAAAAUUCUGCUCCAGGUUCAGAAUUCUCACAGUAUAAAAUACAAUGGCACAGUUCAGGGGUUGAAAUAUAUAUGGAGAACUGAGGGUCUCCGGGGAAUGUUCAAAGGAAAUGGAACUAAUUGUGCCCGCAUUGUUCCAAACUCUGCCGUCAAGUUCUUCAGCUAUGAGGAAGCAUCCAAGGGAAUCUUAUGGUUUUACCGGCAGCAAACUGGAAACGAGGAUGCUGAACUUACUCCUCUUCUACGCCUUGGUGCUGGAGCAUGUGCAGGCAUCAUUGCCAUGUCAGCAACCUACCCAAUGGACUUGGUACGAGGUCGAAUUACUGUCCAGACAGAUAAAUCUCCUAGCCAGUACAGAGGGAUAUUUCAUGCACUUAGAACAGUUUUUGUUGAAGAAGGCCCACGUGCCCUGUACAAAGGAUGGCUCCCUUCUGUGAUAGGUGUGAUUCCUUAUGUAGGUUUAAACUUUGCUGUGUAUGAAUCUUUAAAAGAUUGGUUGGUCAAAACUCGACCAUUCGGACUAGCUCAAGACACUGAAUUGAGUGUUAUGACAAAGCUUGGUUGUGGUGCUGUUGCUGGAACCAUUGGGCAAACGGUUGCUUACCCUCUUGAUGUCAUUCGUCGAAGAAUGCAGAUGGGCGGCUGGAAAAAUGCUGCUUCAGUUGUUAUUGGUGAUGGGAAGAGCAACACACCUAUAGAGUAUAGUGGUAUGAUAGAUGCGUUCAGGAAAACAGUUCGUCAUGAGGGAGUUGGAGCUUUAUAUAAGGGUUUGGUCCCAAAUUCAGUCAAGGUGGUCCCUUCUAUAGCAAUUGCAUUUGUGACAUAUGAGGUGAUAAAAGACAUUCUUGGUGUGGAAAUGAGGAUAUCUGAUUGAAUUGUUUGAGGAAGCUCAGGUUAUUUUCUGUACUUAGAUGUUAAUUUACUCGGAGCAGUGAGGAAGUUAUUUAUUGGUAAGUGUUAUCUUGUUGACUUGGAAAGGGAGAGAUCCUGAGCAGCGUUUUGUAUUUUAUUGGAGAGAUAUAUUAACAAUAAAGAGUGGUUCAGAAGUAGCAGUAGGUGCACUUCACCUUAUAGGAAUCAAAAUU